UCUUCCCUGAGAUCGUUUUAUCUCUUUGUCGUUGCGUUAAGGGCAGAAGCAGCGACAGGGAAAGGAAGAGAAAGGCGGGGGAGCUCCGUGUAUUCGCAGAGGCACUGUUUUUCUAGCGUGGCGUUGCUGAUAAUCCGCGAGCUGAGCAAAUCAACAUGGCAGCCAGACGGAUUACCCAGGACACAUUUGAUGAUGUGGUGCAGGAAAACAUCCUUGAGUUUGCGAUGGAUCCAGAAGAGGCAGUGAAUGAAGCCAUCCAGCAGUUUGAGUCUCAAGGUGUGGAUUUAAGCAACAUUGUGAAGGCAGCCCGCAACCUUGCUCCGGAGAGUGGUCAAGAGCAAAAGCACGCUAUCUUGCAGAUAUUGGACUGUCUCCAGAAAGCCAUCAUUGAUGCCGACUCGGAGACGGUGGAUGAGCUUCUGGUCCGAUUUGCCAAGCAGUGCCAUCAAGAGUUGGCCGUCCGCUACUUGGCAGGGGAGAAAGGUGCCUAUCCCGCCAUGAUGGCUGCUUGCCGGCUGGCGGCCGAGGACCGGCACUCGCUUUUCAAAGCCCUCCAUGCCCUCUCGGCACUCCUGGACGGCCAGCCUGACCUGCUUGAUGCUGCUGGGCAGGAGCUGCUUCUCCGGGUCCUGCAGGAGAGCGGAGACGAUGCCGACCUGACUCUUGCCGGGAUCCGUUGCAUCCGGCACGCCUGCCUGAAACACGAGCAGAAUCGGCAAGAUCUGGUGAAAGGCGGCGUUCUCCCACUGCUGGCUGGAGCGAUCGUCCGCCAUGGUGACCGCGCUGAUGUAGUCCGCGAGGCCUGUUCCGGGCUGCGGAUCAUGACCUUUGACGAUGACAUCCGGGUGCCCUUCGGUCAUGCCCAUGACCAUGCCAAGAUGAUUGUGGUGGAACACAACGGCCUGAGGAUCCUUAUAGAAGCUGCCAAAGUUUUCACUGACGAUUGCAGCGUUUUGAGUGAAAUCUGCGCCACGUUGGCACGGCUGGCUGUCCGGAACGAGUUUUGUCAAGAGAUUGUGGACCUGGGAGGCUUGAACUUCAUAGUGGCGCUCUUGGCUGACUGCAUCGAGCAUCAGGAGCUGGUGAAGCAGGCGCUGAGCACCAUCCGGGCCAUCGCAGGCAACGACGACGUUAAAGAUGCCGUGGUGAAUGCCGGAGGGACCGACCUCAUCGUGCUGGCUAUGAGCCGCCACCUUGGGAGCCCGCAGGUGUGCGAGCAGGGCUGCUCAGCCCUGUGCAUGCUGGCGUUGCGCAAGCCGGAAAACUGCCACGUCAUCAUGGAAGGCGGCGGGGCCCUGGCGGCUCUGCAGGCCAUGAAGACGCACCCCCGGGAGGUCGCCGUGCAGAAACAAGCCUGCAUGCUGAUCCGCAACCUCGUCGCCCACACCCAGGACUUCUCCCAGCCCAUCCUGGAGAUGGGAGCUGAGGACCUCAUCACCGAGGCGCGGGUCGCGCACCGGGACUGUGACGAUGUCGCCAAGGCCGCCUUGCGGGACCUCGGGUGCAAGGUGGAGCUGCGGGAACUCUGGACGGGCCAGAAGGGAGACCUGGCGCGUUGAACGUCUCGGAGCCGCUGCGGUGGCUGUAACCCAGCGGACUUUGGGAUGGGGGACAUGCAGAAAGGAAUAAAUCCAUGCCAAAAAGUUGGGA